AUGCCGGGAGGUCGCCGUCUGGACUUGAGGAAGUCGACGCUCGUCGCAAAUUUAAAAAAGGAAAAACAACAACAACAACGUAUUCAACCAAAGACGAUGGAAACGAGUAAAAACUCAAAACCUAUCACGCAAACGACGUCGUGGCCAGAGAAGUAUCAUCCACGUUCGUGCACUGAAGUUGUCGUUCCUAAGAAGAAGGCUGAAGUAAUGAUUGAUUUUUUAGAGAAACAGAGCAGUAAAACAUCGAAACGACCGGCGGUGUUGUUUUUAGUUGGUCCAAGCGGAUGUGGGAAGGCAUCGACGUUUGUAACUUUGGCGAAAGAAAAGUGCUUUUCUGUGCUCGAAUGGAAACCUCCGGCACCAUCGAUUUAUAACGAGAACGUAUCGACUACGAACGAGAAUCGAUUCGACGGUGGCGAUGCCUACACGAGUAAAAUUGAGGAUUUCGUCAACUUUCUUAACCGAAGCACAAAGUACAACGCGAUUGUAUCAAACGUUAUCGGAGGCGGCAACAAGAGAAGCAGAGGCACAGUUAUUUUGAUUCGAGAUGUUCCGACCGUGGCACAAGGAGAUGAACGCGGUAGAAGCAAAUUUGUUGCUUCAAUCGAAGGGCUCGUCUCUUCGUCCGCAAAGAAUAGAAUACCUGUCGUUUUUUCAUCAUCGUCAGACGUCGGCGAAGGCGAUUUUGUUUCUUUCGGAAACGAGUCGAAGAGCGAUGGACUUAAAUUCGUCAGGCGUAUUAUUCACGAAAAGUUGGAGCGCAUGGGUGCACAAAAUCGUCAAAACCUCUCGGAAUAUUUAGUAGAGAUCAAGUUAAAUCCGUGCACGAAGAAAUCGCUCGAAGAUGCUGCGAAACGCGUCAUCAACUUGGAAUUUUCCUCCGAAAUGACGAAGAAUGGUUCAUUUCUUGAAAGUCUUCCCGACGAAGAUGAUGAUUUUGACGGCUUAUCCUCUAUAAAGUCGGGAAUGCUCGAGAACGUUGAAAAUCUUGUUCUCGAGUGUAAUGGAGAUGUACGUUCUCUCAUGUUUUCUCUUCAGUUGCUUUACGCGCGCAUCGUUGGCGAUAUGUACGCAAAACGGAAAAAGAACGAGAAGAAGAACACGAAGAAACGCAAUCGCGAGGAAGCGAGAAUUGAUAAUGCCGAUGGUGAUAAAGAACGCAAAAAGGAAUCGAGCAUCUCACUCUUUCACGCGCUCGGUAAAUUUUUGUACGCCAAACGGAAACCGUCAGAUGAUGCGCUUGAGUCCGAGGUUGAAAUCACAUUGAAUCGGGCUCGAGUGGAUGCCGCCCCCAAGACAGUUAUUGACUUCCUGUUUGAAAACACGCCAGAUUUUAUAGAUAACAGGAAGAUUGACGCGCUGUCGCAAUUUUUGAAGCACGUGAGUGAUGCGGACGUGUUUAGCUGCGGUAGCCAACGAUGGAAAUACGGUGAUGGCGAUCAAUCCCAAUCGCUCAUGUUAGAUAGAUUAGCUUCGAGCGUUGCCGCCCGCGGUUGUGUAUCUGUGCAGUCGCGUCCACCAGAAUCAUCUUGGAGACCGUUGAGAGCGCCGAGUGCGAGUAGGAAAGCAAAAGAAGUAGAAGAUUCAAGUAGGAGACUGAGAGAAUUAAUAUGGGCGCCAAAACUUCGCCAUAAUAAAUUCCGGAGCAGACAAAGCUAUUAUGAGGGAAGUUUUGAAGCAUUCGUCGCGACGAAUUUGCCGUUCAAGAAAAUCAUCGAGGAAGGAUACAGAAGAAACGAAGAUAGAAUCAUUAGCGAUAGUUUAUUCACGCGCGAGGAUAUAGAUGAAAUGGAUAAUAGCUUGGAAGAUGUGGAGGAGGAGGAUAUCAUCGAAGAUGUAGAUUAA